GGGCACUGUGAAAACAGGAAGAUAAUUUGGCGCGAAAGGAAGUCAGCGGUCCCUCUGUUAUAUGUCUAUGUGGAGACGAAGUAGCAUCCUUUGUAAACGUUUAGGUGCUGCGAAUAGGGAUUUCUUAAAUAUGCUCUCCUGCGGUUUGUGGUCGGAUUGAACUGUUACAAUGUCUCUGCUAUGGAUUGAUCAAAAUGUUCACACACAACCACAGUUGUCAAACAUUUUUCCUGGGUCAAUUUCUGAGCCGUCACAUUGGGUGGUCACCUCUUCAUUAACGUCAUAAUACUUCAAAACUGGUUCUGUGCUGACUAGCUGCUUCACUGCUUUGAAAGCAUCUUCUUGCUGUGACUCCCAGUUCCACAAGUAUCUUUGACGGUAAAUCAUCGUGGAGGUUUACAUGUAUCUGACAACUUUUUACUUCUUUCAACAUGGCUGGAAAGUAUUUAGAAGUAGAGAAACUGAAAGAGAGAUUCCUCGAGUGCAUAGUUUGUAACCAUAAUUUUGACGAACAAGAUCAUGCUCCUCUUCUAAUAAAAUGCCUGCAUACAUUCUGUUCCUCGUGUCUGAAGAAGACUGUUAAAGACGAAGAAUUGGUAUGUCCUGUUUGUCAAGUUGUUCAUUCAGUAAAAGACAACGACAUAACGAUUUUCCCAAAAGACAUUACCAGACGAGAUCUCGUGGAUUUUGUCAGAGCAUCUUUAAACGAGACGCUCUUAAACUGCGAAAUAUGUCAUGAAAAGAAUGCGGCAACACACCGCUGUAAAGAAUGUCAAGGUUUUAUUUGUGAUGGGUGUUUCCAAACGCAUGGAAAAAUGAAUACGUUUAAGGAUCACAACCCUUUAGCUUUGAAAGACAUUUCCCACGACUCAUUUCAUGAUCUUCAGCAUUUCAGACACCAGAAAACGUGUGGGAAGGAAGGACAUGAAAAAGAAUUGCUGAAGAUGUAUUGCUCAAAUUCAGAGUGUAGAAAACCGGUCUGCACUAUAUGCGCAUGCACCACUCAUAAGGAACAUCAAAUUCAAACUAUAUUAGAAAUUUUCCAAAAAGAAAGUACCUCCAUUCAAGAUCUGUCGAAAGAAGUUGUAAGGAAAAUAGAGAACUCGAAAAAGGUCAUUGAGGUAGUCGACAAGGAGAUAGUUUUGUUGCCCGAAAAGGUCGAAGAACAGAAAUCAGCUGUUGGGGCUGAAUUUGCCAAUGCGAUAACCAUGCUGGAGAGAAGACGGGAAGAAUUAUUCAGAGUUAUGGAAGAACAUGAGAAUAGAAAAGUUAAAAUAUUAGAAGUACAGAAAGAAGGAAUACAAAGAUACAAAGAGUCAUGCAUAGAAGCAAUUCAGUUUCUUGAAACUUCUCUUGCCCAUAAGAAUGAGCCAGCCUUUCUUGAACUUGUACCAACCAUAAGGUCACGAUUCCAAGAGCUCAAUGAAACACAUCUAGAUAUGGAAUCGUAUGCCAAAGCCGGUUGCAUCAAUUAUGAAAAGUUCGGUUUGAAAGAAUUUUCAAAUACUGCUGCACAUUUGGGUCGGGUACUGUGUACGUAUGUAUAUGUUCCCAAAUCCUCUGUCACACUUAGCAGCACUACAGCAGAGGUUGGACAAGAGAUUGAUUUUACGUUGGAUUUGAACUCGGUCGAUGGAAUACCUGUUGAGAAUGAGGAAACUGUCGUUAUUAUCACAUCUGAAGAUGGAAAGGAUGUGUUUCAUUACAUACCAUGUAAAUACGUGGAAGACAGCAAAGUUUACGUGGGCAAAUGGCACCCAGAAGAACCCAGAAAAUACAACAUGUUGGUCACCUGCAAUGGAGUACUCAUGGAUUUUCAUAUCAUCACGCUAAAUGCCGGGAACGUACCUCUACCAGUUGCAGAGAAGAACAAACCUCCACUGAAAGACAGCAAGAAAGUCAGAGUUGUUGGGAGAACACUGACCGGGAGAGAGGCGCAGACGGCCGGAGAAUGCAAAAUUUGUAUGGAGACUUGUCAUACUCCGAAACAGCUUCCAUGUGAACACAACUUCUGCAAAAAAUGCCUAGAGCCUUACCUAAAGACGAAACAGAAGUGUCCAUUCUGUCACACUAAAUUUGGUAAAAUUUAUGGGGAUCAACCGAAAGGACGAAUCAUGUUUAAGAAGGAAAAGAAAAGCCUUCCUGGGUAUGAAGGAUGUGAUACGAUAAUUGUCACCUAUGUCAUCGAUGCUGAGAGACAAGGGAGAGAACACCCAAAUCCCGGUCGUGAACUCACAGGAAGGUUGGAGAGGACUGCUUUCCUUCCAAACAAUAAUGAUGGUCGUUUAAUUGCCAAGCUCUUGAACAUAGCCUUUAACAGACGACUCAUCUUCACUGUUGACAAGUCGCAGACGACAGGGGAGGAGGGAGCUGUGGUGUGGAAUGACGUCCAUCACAAGACAAGACGUGACGGUGGACCAGAACAGUAUGGUUACCCUGAUGGAACUUACCUGAAAAGAGUUUUUGAAGAACUCCAGGUGAAAGGUGUGACGCCAGAGUUAGCAGACAAAAGCGAAUUUGAAGAAUACUCAGCAGUAUUCUCGUCACACUAGGAAUCUAAGUACAUGUAACAUAUCGGAGUAUCGGAGAUACGGCGAGAUCAACACCUCGAGCCGAGCUCCGCUUUUCAUUUCUGGAAAUUUGUACUUCAAAUGACUUGUUAUAUGAUUCCUGCGAAAAUUUUGUUUAAUGGACAUUUGUGAUUAUUUUUAAAUCGACAAGAUGGUUGACGUGACAUUGUCGCAAAAAGGUGACAAACAAGGCAUACUAUAAAACCUGGUCUGGCCCCAUUGGCCUGGUUUGGCCUCAAAAUUGGCCUGGUCCCAAUUUAGCCUCUAAUUAUGCUCCAUCCCAAAUUUUGGCCUGGCCUCAUAUUUGGCCUCUAAAAAUAUUUUUGGCCUCAACCCAAAAUUUUUUUAAUUCAAAAUUUUGAUCGAUUUUAUUGAUUUAUUAUUGGUUUAAGUUUUUCAGUCAUAUAGCAGAUAAAUGAUAUGUUUCUGUUAUUUUGUAAAUGUGCACUUUAAAAUAAUCAUGAACUACCACCAAUCUGAUUGAUUUUGUUGAAUAUCUAUUGAUCAGUUUAUUGAUCAAAUCAUUUUCUUUUCCCUUCAUAUAUGUAUGUACUAGUACACUCCAAAAACGUAUAUACAACUAAUGAAACGAUUGGCAUAUUGAUUUUUUUCCAGAAUUAUGAUUGAUUUAUUAUUGGUUUUGUUUUUUCAAAAUUGUUGAACAUGAAUGAUAUGUUUCUGUUGUUUUGUGUAUGUGCACAUUAAAAUAAUCAUGAACUAAAUCACCAAUCUGAUUGAUUUUAUUGAAUAUCUGUUGAUUAGUUUAUUGAUAAAACAAUUUCCCCCCAUCCUAACUUAUGUACUAUUACACAGCAAAAAAGUAUACGGAACUAAUGAAAUGAUUGGCUUAUUGAUUUUUUCUGAAUUAUGAUUGAUUUCAUUGUUUUAUUAUUGGUUUUGAAUUUUCAAAAUUGUUGAACUUAAAUGAUAUGUUUAUGUUGUUUUGUAAAUAUGCACAUUGAAAACUCUCAUUUUACUAAUGAUCCACUUCACUUAUUGAUAAUGAUCGAAUUUAAAAAACAAAUUCACACUAGUUUAAUGAAUCAUCACACUUCACACACUGCAAUGUAGUGUACCGCCAUCACUCUCAUUGAUAAGAACAAUGAGUUUGAUAUCUAGGUAUAAAAAUGCUACCAUAAAUCAUACAGAUUGAAACUACAACUUUGAUAAAUUAAGGAUGUUCAUAUCUGUUUAAACUAUUUGAAAUAAACAUGUAACACUAGUACUGCAAUGGUAUAUCAGAUUCUUUACAACAUAUUAUUCUACAGCACAGGUCUUGACAGGAAGUCAAGGUUGAGGUUAAUCUAUGAUAUACGGGUUUGAAAUGUCACACAGCUCUACACAGAACGUUUAUUUUCAAUAAUUAUCAGAAUGAAAAGAUGAUUUUGAUGACAGUCUAAAAACGUUAAGAAGUAAAGUACAAAAUUAAAGCUGCACUUUGUGAAUUUGUAGAUGCAUAAAUCUUUUUUCUCCAUUAUAAGACAAUAGCAUGAGUAUUACAUGUAUCUGAUAUUUGCCUAGAUAUACUGCUGCAGUGGUUAGAUAAAGGUACAACGAUUUUUUUGUUAACUAAUUAAUGCAGGAUUUGAUAUAAAAUAAGAAGAAGGUGGAUAGAUUCAAUGUAAUAAUUGUAAUUAGUUCUGUUUUACUGUUGCUUUAUCACAAAACCAGAAAACAAAUCACAAUUUUGAAAACUCAGACAGUUUUGUAUACCUUAUUUAGUUUAGGCACAAUCAUAAAAUGAGUUACUUAUUAAAAUUUUCUUUUGUAUCAAACACACCCUAUUUGCAAAUGUUGGACUUUUAAAUUUUUUGGUUGACGCCAGGCCAAAAUGGGGCCUGGCCAGGCCAGGUUUUAUAGUAUGCCGUCAAACAUAACACGUUUUGAAGAAGAAAAAGAUUUUGGAUAUAUCAUUCUGAUAUAUGACUGCUUAUUUCCCAAUGCCAAUAUUGAAACUACAGUUGGUAGACAGUGUCAUUUCUAUGUAACCGCGUCCUUGAAAUCUGAAUAUUAAAUGUGAUUCAGGGUGUCCAUCAAAAAGCUACAAGAGUGAAAUGUAUUUCUUCAGGAUUGCUAAUAAGAUUGUGUUUACUAAUUGCAGUUUAAAUUUUGGCAUUGGGAAAUAAACAUAUUAUUAUAUUUUAUUUGUUAGAAUGAAAUGUCAAAGGGCACUGUCGGAAUGAUAUGCUGGCAUAUGUAUGUUUUAUAUCGGGUAGUUGAAUUAGAUUCUGAAUUGUAGAAAACGAAGAUUACAUGUAACCCCCCAACCCCCCCAUUUUGAUCCUUAAGUGUUUAUACAAGUUGCAGUGCUACAAAAAUCGUGCUGCAUCAGAGAUUGUUUACUGAUCAAUAUAAAACACUACAUGCAUGUAUGUCUAUUUUGUAUUGCUUAUAGGAGUUAUGAGAUUGAUCACUGUUCGUUAUCUUCACCUUUCCUUAUAGGAUUUAUGAGAUUGAUCAGUGUUCAUUUUCUUCACCUUUCAUUAUAGAUUUAUGAGAUUGAUCACUAUUCGUUAUCUUCACCUUUCCUCAUAGGAGUUAUGAGAUUGAUCACUGUUCGUUAUCUUCACCUUUCCUUAUAGGAGUUAUGAGAUUGAUCACUGUUCGUUAUCUUCACCUUUCCUUAUAGGAGUUAUGAGAUUGAUCACUGUUCGUUAUCUUCACCUUUGCUUAUAGGAGUUAUGAGAUUGAUCACUGUUCGUUAUCUUCACCUUUGCUUAUAGGAGUUAUGAGAUUGAUCACUGUUCGUUAUCUUCACCUUUCAUAUGACAAACUUUCUCAAUAGUGUUAUGUAUCACAGAUACAAUAUACUCGUGUCACAAAACUCAGAACAUAUCUGAUUCUAACUAUACAUUAGCAUGUUUUAAAUUUGUUUAUUUUACUUACCAUUGUACUCUUAAUAAGUGGAUCUGAUUCUAAUUAUACAUUUGUGUGUUUUUAAAUCUUUUUAUUUUACUUUUUACAUGAAUAUAUUGGCUAUAUUACUUGUUUUAACAUAUAUUCAUCAAAUUGCUGUGCACAUAGGCUGUAGAAUAUCGAUCUAAUGAAAAUCAGAUCUUCUCUAACCGUUACACUGGAGACGAUGCAACAGUUAGAGAAGAUCUGAUUUUAAUUAGAUUGAACAAUAUAUGCUUUUGCGCAAUAUAUUGACACAGGUUAUGAUUUUAGUUAUUUACGUGUAUUGAUCCUCUUUCGCCAUUCCUUUACUUUUCGCGAUGGCAGAUCUACAUUUAUCACAGGUUACGCUCUCGUGACAGGAGGUGAGAAUACAACUUUCAAAUACGUCUGUGGAAAAAAUAAUUUUCUAUGGGAAAAAUAAAUUUUCGAGGGAUCUUGGCAUAAUCCUAUGGCAAUUCGAAAAAUUUAAGAAAUUUUACAAAUUCUUAAUGGAAAUUAUUUCCAAACAAAAACUACAUUUUGCUUUCGGAACAAGAAAUGUUUUAGAAAAAUGUAUGCCUCCUCGUGUGGCAAUAUUGAAAAAGAUCAAUUCCUUUCAAUAUUUCCACUUAACUGUCUCCUUAACUAUUUGCAGUUGCCAUCUACUUUCCCAUACAAUGCGUCGAGCUAUUUUUAAAAUACAGUACAGUGUCCCCUUAACUAUAACUCCAGUUUUUUCUCGACGCCAUUUUGACUUCACGUGAUCCUCAUACAGAGCAAAUUUUAUAUUCUGUUCGCUUUUUGGAGUUAUUUGGUGGUUAAUAAAUAUGGAAAACGAU